AUGAUGCCAUUGAUUGUAAUUCUCAUCAAUCUGAUACUUUUAUCAUCGAAUGUUUUUGCCGGCCAAGAACAAUCGAUAUUUUCGGAUACAAAAUGUGAUCUAACUCAAGCUAGUUGGACUUCAUGGUUCAAUACGCAGAAUCCAUCGCUCAAUAAUGGAUACGAUGUUGAAGAUCUUGUCACCAUUCGACAAUUAUACGGAAAUUCAGUUCAGUGUGAUACAGUCUUAAAUGUUGAGCACGCUGUAGUUCGGCCAAGUACGAACCCCUCUGGCGCAUACCAAACAUUGAUUAAUCGUGAUGGUCUUUUCUGUAGUGGUUCUCGCUCGUCGCCUUGUCCUGAUUACAAAGUACGUUUUUGUUGCCAAUCUGUAACUUCUGUUGCUGGAUCGCAAUGUGGUCAGACAUUUUAUUCACCAUAUCUACAUGCAUCUGCUCGAAUUGUAAAUGGUCUUCAGGCGAAAGCACAUUCAUUUCCAUGGGCUGUUUCAUUACAAUAUAAAGGCAGUCACGAUUGUGGUGGAGUGAUCAUUGAUGAACUGAAUGUCUUGACGGCAGCACAUUGUCUGGAUUAUUCGAAUGAUCUCGGCAAUUAUUUCGUUCGUGUUGGCGCACAUGAUCGUUCGUCAUCGGGUCAACUGAUACGUAUUGCAAAAUUGAUCUUACAUCCAAACUAUGAUGAAUAUCGUUCUACAGACGAUAUUGGUAUCAUCAAACUAGCUACACCGAUUCAAUUCACAAAAGAAAUUCAGCCUAUCUGUCUUGUCGAUAAUAUUGUUGAACCACCAUUGGAUUCAACUGUCUACGUGGCUGGCUGGGGAAAUACAAUAUAUAACGUAAAGGAGAGUGGAAGUCCCGUUCUCCUUCAAGCUCGACUUCGCGUAAUCUCGGAUUGUUCGAUGUACUUUGCCUAUGAUCCACAAAAGCAAAUUUGUACCGCUCCGAAUGGUCCUGUUGACAAAGAUCAUGGAUCAUGCCAAGGAGAUAGUGGAGGUGGUCUGUUAUAUUCAAAGAAUGGUCGUUGGUACGUUGCUGGGGUCGUUAGUUAUGCUAUUGGCUGUGGAAGACGUGCAUUCCCCACAGUAUUUACAAAAACUUCAGCCUACAUCGAUUGGAUCCGUAUGGUGGCGAAUCGGGCAGCAUGA